UAUUUUUCAUAAAAAUAAAAAAUGUUAUCACUAUAGAGUUGAAUGAGAAAACUGGAAUAGUUAUCCUACUUUUCCUUUUGUCUUGAUAUUAAAUGGCUAUUGAAAUAUCUUCAUUCUUUUGAUUAUAAAUUGUCUACAGUUUACAUAUAACUGUAAAAAGAACAUGGGUAAACAAACAUGGACUGUUGUACAAUUUGAAGAAGAUACUUCUGUAGAAGCAGUUCCUUCAACAUGGAUACAGAGACACUUUUGUCAUUGGCCAACAUAUUCGCAAGACAAGUUGAUGACUGCAAUUAGGAAGCACGAAGCUUUAAAUACAUGCUGGCCUAGCUAUAAAAUUAAGAGUUUUAGAAAUUCUACUUUCAAUGAUUAUUCAAAAGCACGCUCAAAAGCCCGUGUAGCUGAAGUCACGAGUGAUUUAAAUUCUGAAGCAGAAGAUAUUACUAAAAGAAAACGAAUUCAAAAAAGAUUAUCUUCAUCUUCGUCAGAAGAAAGCUUCGAUACAUUAUUACUACCAUCACCACCAAGAUUGAAAAAGAAAAUUACAAAAGACUACGAAAAUGUUACACAUAGUGUUAUAUCACCUCAUAAGCAACCAUUCAAGUCUACGAGGUGUGAUCAAAAAAUAAA